GGCAACGAUUUUCCGACAAAGCUUCAUUUAAAUAACAAUUGAUCGGUUUGGUCACAGAGAAGACGAAUGGUGUCUUUCCACUUAUUUUAGAAGAAUAUCAAUCAGUUACUAGUACAACAGCACGCAGGUGAUUGUCAUCAAAGAUCCCAUUAUCGAGGGGUGUUUGUUUCUUCCAUUCUUUGGAUCCGGUCUAACGUAUAACAAUGGCUGCGUAUAAACUUUAUACGAUGUUUCUAUGUAUUUUACCCUUCCUAGUGAAGGGAAAUCCAGAAAUGGAAUUAGAGGUAUUUGGUAAUGAAACGAUUAUGGAUCAUUAUCGGAGGUUAAGACAACAUUUAACAAAAGAUUAUGACGUUAAUGCUCGUCCUGUUAAGUAUAACACUAAUGUCACAGUAGUUAAUGUAUACACGAUUGCUUUCUCUAUCAUGAAUGUGGAUGAAGAGAAACAAAGAAUGGAUUUCGAUUGUAUAUUCUUUUUCAUUUGGAAUGAUGAACAUUUGAGUUGGAAAAAAGGAAAAUUUAAUAAUAUUUUAAAGUUAGAAAUGUCACCAAAUUCUAUAUGGAAACCUGAUAUUUUCGAAAUACAGUCAGGUGGACUACAAAGUGCUAUUACAGAAAUUAAUUCUACUAAUGUUGUAGUUAACUCUUACGGAGACGUAUUCUGGGCCAUACCCACUUCAUUAAUUGGUAAAUGUGAUUUCGAUUAUGAUGAUUAUCCAUUAGAUGUUGCAAAAUGUAAAGUUUUUCUGGAAAAUUGGACUAACAAAGGCAGAGAGGUCAAUUUUAGCCUCCUUGAUCCUGAACCUAACCUAAGAUAUUUUAACAAUGAUAAUCCUUAUUGGAAUAUGAAGGAAUGUCAUCUUAAUAAAACAGAUAUAUUUUUCGGAAAUGAAUUUUAUCCAAGGAUAGAGCUGAUAUGUGUACUCGCAAGACGACAACCAAUUGCUCAAUAUCAAUUACAAUGGAUAAUUUCUAUUAUUGUUGUAUUGUUGACUCUGUGUAUGUUUUGGAUUCCGGCAGACAUCAGGCAGAAACUAACCUUAGGAUGUGUGGUAAUGAUAAUAAUAAAUAUUAGCCUUAUUACCAUCACAUCGACUGUAAAAGUACCUCAAGUCGCUGAACUUAUAGCUAAACCUAUCCACAUAACGAUGUUCGUCGUCUUAGUGGCUAUUGUAUUCGAGGUCAUCAUCAUUAAUUUUCGAUACAUUCAAGAUUACGAACCUCCCGAAUUUAUCCUUAACAUAUUUUCAGGAACCAUCGCUAAAUUAUUAGUAAUUAAUUCAAUUCGCACGAAAGAGAAACCAAUGGAUAAAGUGAAUUUGUACGAAAAUCAAGAUGAAGUGGCUCCUCUUCAACGACUAACAGAAAACGAAAACUGGCAAAUAAUUACUCAAAUUGUGGAUAGAAUAUUGUUCAUUUUUUAUGUACUAUUGCUAAGUUCUAUACCUAAAACAAUAUAAACUUCAAUUUUGAUAAUUAAAUAUUAUAUCUUAUUCCGUUAGCAUUAAUCCCGUUUAACGUAAACUACCGGUAUGUAUCAUCAGUUUUAAACGUUCCAACAGAAACCUCAUGUUUUCGGGUAUAAAUAACCAUAUUAUUUUUAUUCUUUCCGACUUUUGGGCCCUAAGAAGGUUUUUUUUUUAUCAGGCCCAUCGUGGGUUCGACCAAACUCUCAAUAGAGCUGCUGGGUGAUGAAAACUUCCCAGAUAUUUCAAUAUUACUCUGAAACGUAUAAUAA